ACAAUAUGAGCUGUAUACAGAAAUGAACACUAUGCUUCAUACAUUUGAUUAGUGCACGUUAAAAAUACGAAUAAUGAGGAUUGUGAGCAUUUUAUUGUAUGUUUCAGAUUUUUGGCAUUUAAUGGCAAGGUUAGAGCACUUAGACUAAGACUCAAACGUAUUGACACCAACCGCAUCAUGUCUUUAUCCAAGUGUUACACCUCUGCACCAGAAACAACAAACACUGCUCGACUGGCGAGACUUAUACUGGGUCCAUGUACUGAUGUGUUACGUGACAUUCUAAAGACAGAAGUGUUACCAUCUGAUUUGUCCAGAAAGGUUAAAGAAUUUACAGAUAAACUUCCACGUGGACAAAGAAAUCCCCUCAAUAAAACUCAAUCAGAGAUAAUUUUUCCCAAAGCAACGAAUCAAUACAGUGGUGAUUAUUCAGACUUAGACAUAUCGUUAUUGUAUUUAGUUCUAAGAAAUAUAAGUAAAAUAGCACCACAUUCCAAAGGUUGGGGAGAGAUUCCGAAUCCCGGAGACAGAAGCGUGGCAGCCAACAUUGAAAGAAUUCGCCUCAUUAGAAACAAGUAUUAUGGACAUUCAGCUGAUUUGUCCCUGUCCGAGUCAGAAUUUAGACAGGAAUGGCGGAACAUUCGGGACAUUGUAGUGGAGCUAGAGCGACACCUAGGAGCCACCACGGUUUAUCAGGAUGCUGUCAACAAGAUAAAAUCCUGCUCCAUGGACCCAGAGCAAGAGAAGAAAUACAUAGACUUACUUGGAGAUAUUAGAGAACUUCAUAUCACUGUGGAUGAUCUUCCCAAAACAACCAAGAGAACCAUACAAAAACAUUAUGAAGCCAUGGACCAUCUAUUUGUGAAAACUCGUGCGUUUGACAGAGCGAAGGAACUGUUGGACAAUAACGGGUAUGUUGUCAUCAAGGGAAACCCCGAAACUGGAAAAACCACAAUCGCAAAGAUGUUAAUUAAAGAAUUGAUGGAUGAGUGA